CGCUUGGAGACGCUCCGCCCAAGGGGAAGCGGGGGGGGGGAGAGGGAGGACGAGACCGAGAUGCCUCCCGCCUCCUUUCCCGCUCUUUUCGUCGGUCUCUUCGCCAACUAAGCCGCGAGAGGAAGGGCAAAGCCGGAGAGACGAUGGUUUCCUGUCCUUGUUCCACUAACUCGCGGCCCUCCAGUGGCCCUCUUCCAUUUCCGUAUUUUAUACAAGGAGUAUGUCGUGAAGGAAAUAGGUGUCUGUUUUCCCAUGACUUGUCUACAAGCAAACGAUCUAAUAUCUGCAAAUUCUAUCAAAAAGGACAGUGUGCUUAUGGAACUCGCUGCAAAUAUGAUCACGUCAAACCUCUGGGGUCCUCUGCAUCUGGGGGCACAGUGGGUUCUAGACCACUUUAUAUUUCUGCACCACCAUUCCAAAGACUCAACUCUCCAUCAGAGCAAAACCCAACUGUUACCAAAAGUAAAGUACAUGAAUCUGGAAAACGUGAAAAGAAAACCUUAGUGCUCAGGGACAGAGACUUGUGUGGAACCAAUGAAGAAAGGACAAGGCCCGGGGCAGUAAGUGACUUGGCAUGUUGCAGUAUUCCAGUUGACACACCAGAAACAAAGCCCCAUUCGUAUUUAGAUGCUAUCCGCAGCGGGCUUGAAGAUUAUGCUGAACCUGGCAGCUCAUAUACAUAUGAUGAACAGUUAUGCCCCUAUGCAGCAGCUGGCAUGUGCCAGUUUGGGGACCGGUGCCUCUACCUCCAUGGGCAAGUAUGUGAAAUCUGUGGGUUGCAAGUACUCCAUCCCUUUGAUCCAGAACAGAGGAAGGCACACGAGAAGAUGUGCAUGGCUAGCUUUGAACAUGACAUGGAGAAAGCUUUUGCCUUCCAGGCAAGCCAGGACAAGGUGUGCAGUAUUUGCAUGGAAGUGGUUUAUGACAAGCCAUCCGCCUCGGAAAGAAGAUUUGGCAUCCUUUCUAACUGCAACCACACCUACUGUUUGUCCUGUAUCCGUCAGUGGAGGGGAGUCAAGCAGUUUGAGAAUCCCAUCAUCAAGUCCUGUCCAGAAUGCCGUGUGAUAUCAGAGUUUGUCAUUCCCAGUGUGUACUGGGUGGAAGAUCAGACAAAAAAGAACGAACUAAUCGAAGCAUUUAAGCAGGGGGUUGGGAGAAAAGCCUGCAAGUAUUUUGAGCAGGGAAAGGGGACUUGCCCAUUUGGGGGGAAAUGUCUGUAUCUCCAUGCUUAUCCAGACGGAAGACGAGCUGAGCCAGAGAAGCCACGAAAGCAACUCAGCUCAGAGGGGACAGUCCGGUUCCUCAACACUGUUCGUCUGUGGGAUUUUAUCGAAGACCGAGAAAACAGAACGCCGCCCGUCGCCAAUGAUGAUGUAUCAGAGAUUGGAGAGCUUUUUAUGCAUCUUUCUGGCACAGAUGCUGAAUCUGCUGCUCCUCCCUAGAAUACCACAAGAUCUCUCCCGUGUCUCUUUCAUAUUGAUCCCUCUGUUUCUUCAGUAACUUUGUAUCCACAAUGUUAGAAUUACUGUGCCAUGGAGACUGAGGUCCUGGUGAAAUUCUAGUAUGAGUGUCACUGUAGAGCAAAAGUGUUGAAACAUCAUAAAAUGAGUGCUUGGAAUAAAAGUGAUAGAUGUAAUCAUGAGGAGAAGAACUUUUCUAUUAGAAGGGAGCAAUGUGUUUUUAGUUUAAAAGAACAUUUACUCCCAUUUUAUUGAAAAAAACCUUGGUAUUCUAAGAUUUGAGGUAGAUUCAAGUAUUUGGAGGUUGUCUUUUAAAAUAAUCAUCAUAUCUUAAUAAAAGAACGGAAAAAUACAUCUAAUUAUCCAUGUCAAAUAUAUCAGUGUGGUUUAAAACUAUCAGACUCUGUUUUCAGGGUUGUUAGCAAAAAAAACAAUCAAGUUAUCUUAAGGGUUUGUAACACUGCCCAUGGCCAUUUUAAAAAAAAAAGUGAUUUUUUUUUUUUAAAAAAUGGGCAUGAGUAUCGUUAAUGUAUUUCAUAAGCAGCAUGGUUAUUUAAACAUUUGCUGCACUAGCUAUGCUACAGUUCUGGCUUAAGUUGACACAUUUUUUUCCAUUUUAAUGCAACUAAAAGUAGCAACAUUUAAGAUUAUUUGCAGGAAUGAGAUAUCUAAAAAUGAAAGUACGGUCAAAAUAAUCCAUGUUAGUUAUAUGAUUUUCUUGGAAGCAAUAACCAAGAUACAUAUAAGUAGAGAAUUCCUUUGUUAGCCCCAAGUAGGAGGAGUGUGGCCUUUCAGAAAUAAUUGUUUAAGUUUCAAUAUGCCUAAGUUCAAAUAUUGAACUAAAAUCUGUUAAAUCCAUAUAUGAGUAUUAUUUUUUUCUUUCCAUUUAAUUGUGUACAAUUCUUGGAGACUGGACGAGCCCCUGCAGUUUUCUUGGUAAGGUUUUUCAGUAAUGUUUGCUAUUGCCUCCUUCCUAGGGCUGAGAGAAAGUGACCGGCCCAAGAUCACUCAGCUGAUUUUAUGCCUAAACAGGACUAAAACUGAUGAGCUCCUGCUUUUUAGCCUAACCACUACACCAAACUGGCUCUCAUGGCCAUAAUAGGCAAUGCUAAAAUACUAGUGUUCCAUCACAUGAUAUAAUUUAACAUACUGUGUUUCAGAUUUGGAGGCAAAAAGAUGCUUUAGAGCAGUGUGUUUACUCACGGAGCCCCUUUCUGCAGCUCUUUAAAGCGGCUUUGUCUUUUUUUGAAUGCUGUGCAUUUUUGCCUUUACAUCCAAGUAUUGCAAAAAUCUUCAGUUGUUUUAAGCUGUUCUCUUAUGCCAGCCCCAUUAGUGGAAGCUAGUAGUGUGGUAGUAGUUCUGUAGUAGUGUACAGCCUUCAAAAGAGCCUUCACUGAUACCAUACUACAUAGGAGGAUAGCAGGUAAUGGGAAAUAUGACUCAUGUCAGUCCAACUAGUGGGUGCAUGUACUAAUUUGCACACAGAGAACUUUCUGAGUUUUGAACUAUUCUUGCAUGGAAAUUGCAGUCCCUGUCAGAAUGAACGACUCAUUUGGUAUCCUGCCUGAUAUUAACUGAACUUUAAUAUAUCUUUAAAAACAAUGUCUUAUAUUCCUGGUAACUGCAGGAAAAGUGUACUUUUCUUGGCAGGCAUUACCAAGUCUAUUUUUUAUUGUUUUCUCAGAAAAAGAAAUCCCCCACUUUAAUAUACAGUCCGAGAAUUCCCAGGUAGUCUCCCAUCAAAGUAUUCAUCAUGAUAGACCCUUCUUAAAUUCUGAGAUUGGCUGAAGUUGCUGAGCUGACUAUUAACCUUUUAGGCCCGUGAUGGCAAACUUAUGGCACGCGUGCCACAGGCGGCACGCAGAGCCCUCUGUAGGCACGCGCACCGUCGCUCCAGUCCUAGGCCUUCAGUCCCAUCCAUGAGCAACCUGCAUAAUACCUGCGUAGGGUAAGGUUGCCACACCUGCCCUUGCCUCCAAGUGUUUUUUUACUAACCUGCCUCUCAGCUGCAUUCUGUUUCUCCAUUUGCUUCUCAGCCUUUGCCGCUGAGAAAAGAGUUCCAUCAAACUUUCUAUUGGUGAGAUCUAGAUCAGGGGUGUCAAACUACCAGCCCGUAGCUGGUUGCAUCAUAUGGAGGCCACGUCCACCUCAGCUCUGGCAAUGCAAAAAAAGUCAUGACAGUUUACAUGACGUGGCAAGUUUUGACACCCGUGUUCUAGAUCCUCACAAAUGGGAUUGUGUAGAAUAGUGGUAAAGUAAACAGGGAAAUAGAUUAAUCAUAUAGGUUUCUUUGUAGUGUAUGUACCACCAUAUAAAGAAGCAGAGUAUCCUGUCUGGCUUGCUUAUCUAAUAUAGGAGCAGGCAGUCUAUGCUACCAGGAGCAUGUUAGGAGUUUUGAGAGUAUAUUAUGAGUUCAUUCUCUCAAUCAAUGGCGUGGGUUUGAGAAUCUAUAAAUGCCCAAAGAUGUGAUGAAUGUACACCAUGUGGUCAACACCUGCUCUAGUAGACCUUUUAAAAAUGCAUUUAAUUCAGUCAUCUGGUUUGGCCUUUAUGCAUCAGGUGAGAAGAAACAAAUAUGGUCACAGUCUAUUCUCCAACAGCAUAGUUCCAAAAUAGCAUCAUUUUCUGUACCUGAACCAGAUAUUCAAUUUCAUAUAAAAGUCCUAAGUGGCAUCUUUCAUAAUUAGCCUUGUUAAAACUCAGUAUCUAGAAAUCAGCUAUUGGUAGGGGUCUAGAAGUUGUAGACAAAUAUCCAAGCAGACUGAAUAAUUAACUUGCUUUGUCGGUGGUUAGUAGUGUCGGUGGUUAGUAGUGUCACCCAGACUAAUCUUAUUUGAAGACUAUAUUGGCUAUUGCUGUAAUUUAUUACUAGAUAGUGUAUUAAAUAUUGUUUCAGGUUUGUGGUCCUUCAAAUGCUACUGAACAUGUGCAGCUUUCUUACCACAGAUUUAGAAUUUGAAAUGUUAUUGAAGAAUUGCAAAAAAAAGGGUGCAAAAAUACAACCCAGGGAUGAUUUGCCAGCAUACCUUUUACAGAAUAAGCAGAACCAAUAUUUUCAGCCUCAUUUUUGUUCUGUUUUGGCAAGAUUUGUAAAGAGCACACUUUAAACCUCAUGGGGACUUAAGGCAUCUGUUUGAAUUCACCCCUCCCUUUAAAUUCACCCAAACCUAAAAAAAGUAGGUCCUGGUCAUACCUAUAUGCCAUCUAAAACCUGAGCCAAAGGUUAUUUAUACCUGUAUAAAUAAAUAGUGUAUCAUUCUUCAGAAUAUCUACAAGAUAGAGAACCUUGAUUAUAGUUAGCCAUAGUUACAUUCUUUUUCAAGAACUCCCAGCAUCCACAGUUGAUCAAAAGGAAUUAUCUAUGCUAUUUGUAUGAAAAAUUACAUUGUUCUGUGUAUACACUGAUUGAUAAUUGCUCCAAAGAUUAUUUUACUUUAUUGACAAAUUAAGCAAAAUGGAAGACAUGCAACAAACUUAAUUAAAUUGAAGAAAUUAACUUUUCCAUUUAUAUUUAAAUAGCCAAGUUAUUAGUAAGUAGUUCUAUUUAAAUAGAUCAUAGGUUUGAGUUCAGGUUACUUUUCUAACAUAGAAAGUAGUGUUGUUCUUUUGACUGAUGUGUGUUUGACUUCUGAAGAGCUUCAGAGGGCAGUAAUUUUAAUUUAAACUUGAAUCAAUAAAAAUUCAAGGAAGAUAAAACAAGUUCUCUUACGUUUCCUUUUGCUAACUUUGCAAGUUCUUAAAUUAGAUCUUCAGUUUUCAAACUGCAACUGAUAGCAUGAUUACUACAAAACACAGUUUUGAAAUGGAAAUGUUUAGUUUUUACUUCUAUAUGGCUAUAACUCUACAUUAAUAUUUUGUAAUCAGACAGAUACAUAAAAUAAAGAACAUACUAGUUCUUUCAA